AGCGAUGUCGGCCCAAAUGUCCUUGCAAUGCAUGCGCGGCCCAGCAUUUCUUCUGGCAUGGCGUCGUUCGCUACGGAGACACAGCGCACGGUCGCGGCUUGUAGUGCGGCGCUCGUUGUCGUAGAGCAGCAUCUCAGGACCUUUUUGCGGCGGCAAGCCCACGCAGAAGUGGCCAGAAAAUUGUCCCCGCUGGAAAACGCUGAGCUGCAGAUCGGGCUGACGUAUGCAAUUGCCUCGCUCUAUUUCUGUAAUCUGCUAGCCCAGGGCGUUGAUCUUCGGGAGCAUCCCAUCCGGCAAGAGAUCGACCGCAUUCAGCUUUAUUUCAAGAAGGUCCAGGCUGGCACCGAGCAGUUGUACGAACGCACGGCUGUCACAGAUCGCCUCCGAUUGGACACAGACGCCGCCAGGCGAAUCGUGCGCAGUUAUACAUCGAACGUGCAGCCUCGGCGGCAGGGGCGUCGAGGCACUGCGCCCGCGGAGCAUCGGGCUGGCACCGAGGAGUUGCACCGCAACGAGACUUCCACGGGUCGCUUGCGAUUGGACGUAGACGUUGCCAGGCGGAUUGUGCGCAGCUAUACUUCGAAUGUGCAGCCUCGGUGGCAGGGGCGUACGAUCACUGGGCCCGCGAUUAACCAGCAUUGCAGACCCGCUCUACUCACCGAUGAUCUUGCCAGAGACAUCGCGGCACCAGCACGCAAACGGCAACGCCACUUGUACAUCGAUCUGGAUACCUCGGAGUCAUUGCCACAGCCCUCCGCCGCGUGUGGGGCUCCAUCUGAGGGUGGGCAGAGUGUUGUUUGUGUUUCCUCGAUUCCAGCUGAUGCCACGGCAGAUGAUGCAAGUGUGGAUGCAGAGGUCCUGGCUUCUUCGUCGUCAGGAGAGCCAGCGCCGCUGGGCAGUGACGUCGAGUGUUUGGACCCUGAAGCUUGCGUCAUUAGUUGAACCGCUUCGCUCGGCAUCGCGCGCAUCCUAGAACCGAGUCCUGUCAUCAGCGCAGUCGUAGUCAUGAUCAAGCGUCAAAUUCUGACGGCCUUCCUACAUCGGCUGCCCUCCAGAUUUUGCUGCAUGACCCGAGCGAUCCAUACAAUGUUCGACAAGGUCAGGUAAACCGAACCGUUGACGCACCGUUGUGAUGAUGUCUGUGCUGGUCGAGGGGCACUGAGGACACUAGCGAAGACGGCUGCGGCCCAAUCACGACCUUAUUCCCGUGUCUUCUGGAAGCGCCUCGUGGUGUAACGUCGAGCAACAGUGCGGCCAUCCAUGCGAGUGGACUGCGUGUUCCCCCAGCGCUUGGGGAAGUCAUUGGGGGAACAUUGGGAAGGUUCUUCUGGCCACGUGGGUCUUGUUUGAGGCUGUCUUUGGGCGCUCUCGGGCCGUAUGACGCGUUCGGAGACUGUCUUGAGGACU